GUACCCCUUGUGUGUUAGCUCCCGCGUAACACCACCAUAACCACCAAUGAUAUCGCCCAAUCACCUCAUCCUGCUCUUCUGUGUGAAUUGCGCGUUUUUGGUAGCGUCGGAUGCCACACCAAAACGGUCUCCACUGGGAACAAUGCGCUUUGGCAAACGAGCCAUUGCUGAUGAAAUGACAUUUGAGGAGGAUGGAUACUAUCCGUCAAAUGUAAUGUGGAAGCGGUCUACUGUUGAUUCUUCGGAGCCCGUCAUUCGUGAUCAGCGCACUCCAUUGGGAACUAUGCGUUUUGGAAAACGAAGUGCAGAGCCAUUCGGUACUAUGCGUUUUGGAAAACGUAAUCCUGAGAACGACACACCAUUCGGAACAAUGAGAUUUGGAAAGCGUGCUAGUGAGGAUGCUCUGUUUGGAACCAUGCGUUUUGGAAAGAGAGAAGACGGUAAUGCGCCAUUUGGAACAAUGAAAUUUGGGAAACGUGAAGCAGAAGAGCCACUUGGAACUAUGCGCUUUGGAAAAAGAUCAGCUGACGACAGUGCUCCAUUUGGCACAAUGCGCUUUGGCAAAAGAAACCCUCUUGGAACCAUGCGCUUUGGAAAAUAAUUUCUAUUUUCACUUUUCACGUUUAUAUUAUUCUCGCUUCAACUAAGUUUUCAUGUUCAACACCCCCGCAGCAGUGGCACUCUCUUUUAACAUUAUUUAUCAUUCUGGCUUCUAAUUCAUACCAAAAUAUACCGAAACGAUUGCAUAAUUCUUGGGCUUUUGCAAAAAACUAAGGAAAAACGACUAUUCCAUAAUACCCCCUUCUCUGUUCUUCUCAUCAAGUGGUUUGCAUAGAUUGGAGAAUAAAUUAAUGUUAUUAUUCACUUUGUUAAA